AUGACGGUCUCGACGCUACUCCCCGGUUCUCCUGUAGAAUCGGUGAAGCAGGCCGUCCGCUCAACCUCCACAUGCUCUAAUGGCACCGUCUCAUCCCUCCAAACAUUACUCCGCGGUUCGUCGAAAGCGUCCCCAGAUAUCGAAAGUGCGACAGUGAAGCGGGUAGGCCGGACGACAAAAGCAACAGGAUCGCGGACGACGGUCUCUGCGGCCGAAGCGGCUUUGAGCACAGUGGAGAAGCUUGUUCUCGCUACAGAGGUCUUUAACUCGACGUUAAAAACACUUUCAGAAGCAGUGAAGCUACAAUCGACGAAACGCGAUGAUACUCGAUCCUCCGCGACUAGUACCUCUCGCGAAUCACCCUCUCCCACCCGUGUCGCGAAAUCCCCCAGAAAGUCGAAAACCUCCCUACAGACAGUGGCUGAGUGCGCGGCUAUGUCGCUGUCAUGCUUAAGGACAUUGAAGACCGAUCAGGAGAAAGGGACACCCAACGUACAACUCGAACAAGGCCUGGGUGACUUGGCGAUACAACAAUACCUCGAUAGCAAAGCCAGUGGUGGAAGUAAAGGCUCAAGCCGGAAAGGGAGCCCGGUAGAACAGGAAGGCGAAACAACCAAGGAACGGAUCCAUGCGGGCGCUCUGUAUGGUCUCAUCGUGUCAUACCAGUCGAAUGCGCUCCGUCUCAUCUCUUCCGAAAAGAAGGCCGCUACUGUUCAGAACGCGACUCCAUCCUUGCAAUUAUCGGACCCGAGUAGUCCGGCAAAUGUGACUGUGGCUGCAUUAGAAGCAGGAGCUCUUACCAAGGACAAGGCCGCAAUGCAGCUCCAACUUUUGUCUAAUACAGUGCUAUCCCUAUCCUCUAUCUCACAACAAUCUUCAACGAACAAACUAAAGCCGACUACAUCGUUAACUCUUCAACUCCUAUCACUCGAGAUUCGUUGCAUGUCCUGGAAGACCUCGGGGCAUCUAUGUGAUGAUGCUAAGGAGAUGUGGGAUCCCUUGGCACGAUACGUCGCUAGCUAUGCUCAUCAGAGCAAAGGCAUUACGAAAUCCGAAUUCGCCUCCACCUACAAGACCAUCGUUCGACUGCAAUCGACUUUUACCGGUGUCCAAAAACGUUCCUCACCCAGCAUGAACGAUAACAUCUCUGUGGCGAAAAUUGCGACAAUCCUGGGCCAGCUCGCUCAGGAAGCUGGAUGCCUCGACGAAGCCUUACAAUUGUACACGGAAACUCUGACCCCUCUCUCUGACGGACAAUGUCUCUCUCUGGCUACCGUCCGCUGUAAGAUUGCAUCAUUGCAUGUUCAAGCUUUGAAGCAGGCUACGAAGUAUUCUUCCGGACUGGCAAAGGCAAUCAAGGAAGCUACCAAUGUUCUAUGUAUGCCACUCAAAGGUAGCGCGAACGAUCUUGACGAAUUAUUGGUUGAAGCAGCCAAACUGAAGAAACUAGCCAUGGGUCUUUUUGGAGACAUCGCUUCGAGGGAAAAAAGCCCCAAGAAAGACGAUGACGAUGUCUGUUAUUGCAUCUACGGAUAUUUGAACGGUUUCGUUAGGUUUCUGCGACGAUAUGUUGGGCGCAAACCUGCCGAAGACGAAGGAAAGGAAAUCGAACCAUUUCAAAAGCGUGUUGUUGCAGUUCGGAAUAUUGCACUUGCAGCUAUCGAUUCUGUCAACGCCAUUGGAAAGCUAUCUAUCUUAUCACAGAGACCGCCAUGGGAUGAAAUGCAGUCAACAUUGAUAGAUAGCCAACGCCUGCUGAUGACGUUGGAGUCAGCGGGAGAAGCGUCCGAUUCUAUUGCCGAGAGCAUCGGUAUCUGCUUCGUGAAGCUGUCAAAUCUCUUUUGGUCUCGGUACAUCAAGGAAAGGGAAUCUGGCAAAGGGGUUCGCGAACUUGUGCCUGUGCUGAAGCAGUCUGCGACGCUCCUGUCAAAUUGCUCGCCGGCUCAGAAGGUUGCGGGAUUCACGCCUCUCAAAUACGAGAAGCUCGCGCAUCUUUAUCUAGAAGCUAAUGCUGGCCGUGAGGCUGAGCAAGCCUUUCAGCAAUCGAUCGAGGAACAUCUAUUGACCGGCACGCUCGACCAAGUCCUUUCUAUUACAGAAGGGUGCUUCCCCCAUCGGAUGUGCCAGGAUCCCAAGAGCGGUGGUUUCAUGCUUGGCCGUGUUCUCUAUGCUUCUCUGAAGAUGAACCUGAGAAGGAAGUCGACCAAAGAGAAUGGCGUCUUCGACGAUGACAAUCUGACCCAUCUCCAGCGUGGGCAUCUUCUCGAAUGGCAGUUAGGUAUCUUGACGGACUUGGCCUCCGCUUCUACACUCGAUAACUCGUUCCGGUCUACAUUCGGUCUGCUCCUGACCAAGCUUUUCGAACUAUACUCCCCAGAAGCCCAUCCACUCCGGCGAUUGCGGGUCGUGCUUACCACCUUGCGCUUUUCCCUUGAAUACCCGGGCUCCCUGGAUUCUGCUAUACUACAGAAUGUCAUUGAGGCUGGUUCAAGCAAUCUGGAUAUGGAAGAACUCGGUGACGAUUCAGACCUCUCUCCUCUUGCAGGACACAUCCAGAAUUCCGUCCGGCUUACGCUAGGACUGCAUGAAGGCACUCUUCAGCCAAAGGAUUUGGAGAGUGUGCUAAGUUGGUGGAAUCUGAUGAUGCGAGAGUGCAAUGACUGGGAAUCGGUAGUUCUGAGCGUUGGGGACGUCGACCACUUCUUGCUUCAAAUGAAAGCUAUCGUUGACUAUACCGAGAUUCAUGGACUAUGGAAGUUGCAGCUUUCGACGCUCGAACUUGUUUUGCGAGUGACGGAGCUUCGCGGAUCUAGCGAUUUCUCCGAAGCAAUCAUCGUUCUUUCACGACUGGCACUCCAGUACAGUCGCCUUGGAUACUGUUCGAAGGCGGACGAACUGUUGAGCCGAGCGGAUCAAUAUCUCAGCCAGCGCGACAUCUCUUGCUUGGCAACGCUUUCACACAAGCUAGCUCGCGUGGGCUACCUUCUCGAAGUCGGUGAGAUCCAGAAAGCAGCGAGUACACUUUCAGCAGCCCGAACUCUGUAUGAGAAGAACCAAAGGAAGGAAGAUCUCAACGCCUGCUCGGUAUUGUCGAAGCUUAUGUGGGAGAGAUUGGUGGCCGACGCGGCAUUCAUGAACUCCCGACUCUCUUUCGCUCAGGGCUCAAUCAAUGAUGCUCUGUUUUUCGGCAAACUGUCUGUUAGGCUGAAUUGCAGAAUUUGGGCUAAGAUCGAAAAGCUUGCGCAGAGAAAACAAGACAAGAUCGCACAAUCAGCCGAAAACUCUGAGCUGGAAACUGUGGUUGAAGGAAUGGCGAAACUCGAGGUCUCGCAAGCGAACGCAACCCUGGCCGUGUACUCACAAGGUGCCCCGUUUUGGCCUCAUAUUGGUUCACAUCACAUGGCUUUAUUGAAUCUUUCGAGCCUUUCCGCCCAUCACGGCUUAUUCCAGGACGCCAUCUACUACGGAGAGCAAGCGCUGAAAAUUAACAAGACACUCAACGCCAACGUCCGCCUGAUCGCGUCACAAGCGCAGCUUGGCUCGCACUGGAUCUACGGCGGGCAUAUGAAGGAAGGCCAGGAGCUUCUGGCAGCGGCUGAGUCAUUGUCCAAGCAGCUCGACAACAGUAUUGAGCUUGUUUCUUUGCAGAUCGGCCUUGCUUCUCUCCAUAGAGCACAGGGUCGUUACCGCGACGAACACCGUGCUCUCCUCGAAGCUGACAGGCUCAUGGCUGAGUGUGGCGCUUCUGAGUCAUUGGACGUUCUCUCGGGUGUAGCAGACCUUAAUGAUAAGAUGAAAAAGCUACAGAUCCAAGGCACUGCUAGGAACACGAGGCAACGGGCGGCGACUACGACCCGCAGAACUCGUGCAGCAACUACAAGCGCGCCCAAGACGUCAAGCGCCGGCUCCGAAUCGACAGAGACAGAUUCGACGUCACUUCUUCAUUUGCGGAGCGACAUUCUUCGGCAGCAGGCAGCAUGCUUACGUUCGCUACGGGACUUUGAAAAGGCGUCCAGCUUGCUGGAGGAUGCACGCAAGUUUGCAACUUCUAGGGACAGUCAGAUCUCCCUGCACAUUGGCGAAAGUGAGCAUCUACUCGCCGACGCCAUUCGGAACUUCGCCACUCACGCAGUGUACUGUGUGCUCCCUGAAUCGACCAUCUCCCUGCCAUCGCUCCAGUCGCCAAGUAAGACGGCGAGCCAGACCAGCAGCAGUAAAACAACUACCACUCGCAGGACACGAGCGCCAGCAAAGACGGCUACGAGAGGCACACGCUCUAAGACGCCCAAGCCGACAGAGGACUUCUCCGUGAUGCUCGCCAAAGCGAGCGAGAGUUUGAAUACCAUCUUUCCACUUGCCACGACCCUCGGAUCAACCCUUGACAGCCAUGCCGCCUCUCGCUUGAUGAGCCGUAUCUCCAUGUUGACCCAUGUCACGGCACUUGAUAACCUCGUUUCGCUCUCUCAGUCACCAGCAAAUGUGAACGAGGUUGGCCGCAUUGGUGCGUUUACACGGGAGCAUGCUGCCAUCACCCUUGACAAACAACUGGCGGAUUACUGCGACCCCCUGCUUUGGCCGACUGCUGAAUCUGCAAUGGUACCGGAAGAGGAUCUCUGCUCCCGUUUUACCGAAGAAUAUGUUGAUAUUCUUCCGGAGAACUGGAACGUCCUUUCUUUGUCCUUGAGCACCGACCGUACUGAGUUUGUGGUUUCUCGGUUGCAAAAGGGUCGUUCGCCGUUUUUGUUGCGUUUGCCUCUCAAGCGUGGCAGUUCGGAGGAUGAGGAGGAGCAAUACACAUUCGAGGAUGGCAAGGGAGAUAUGCAAGAGCUGAUUCGACUGGCCAACGAAAGUGCGCAUGCAGCUAAGCACCAAACCGACCGGCAGAUGAAGAAGGACUGGUGGAAGAACCGGGAAGCACUGGACCGUCGGAUGGAAGCUCUUCUGCAACAUAUCGAGACUGUCUGGUUCGGUGGAUUCCGCGGAAUAUUCUCCCCGGUCCCUCACGAGACUCGUUCGCUUGCACGAUUUGCAGAUGCAUUCCAUAACAUCCUGGACAAGCAUCUUCCCUCGCGCCGCAAGGGCGGUCGUGCAGCCAGUCCGCGGUUGACACUUCAUCCGAAUGUGCUUGAACUGUUCAUCGGUGUCAAGGACCUGGAUGACCAAGAAGAUCCCGAAGAGACGUUAAUGGACCUUCUCUACUUCGUUGUUGAUAUCUUGCAAUUUCAGGGUGAGCGCAACGCAUAUGAUGAGAUUGACUUUGACAUGAUGGUUGUGGAAACCCUUGACUCUCUGAGGGCGUAUCACGAGCAAGUCCGGAAAGAGCAGGGUAACCCUUCACCCAACCGGACUGUUCUGGUGUUGGACAAGUCCUUGCAUAUGUUCCCGUGGGAGUCCCUUCCGUGUCUCCAGGGAUUCCCGGUAUGCCGGGUGCCCUCCUUGGAAUGUCUUCGCGACCGAAUCGUGCGAUUCCGCGACGAAGGUGCGGAAAGCAACGCUGGCUUUACGAUCAACCGCAAGAAUGGCACGUAUUUCCUCAACCCCACCGGUGAUCUGCAAACCACGCAGGGAACCUUCGAGAAGGACUUAUUGAAGUUGGAAGGGUGGAGCGGAGUGGCCAACCGGGAGCCUACAGAGGAAGAGUUCAAGAACGGAUUAGAGUCGAACGACGUGUUCCUUUAUUUCGGCCACGGCAGUGGCGCACAGUACUGCCGGGCGCGGACGAUCAAGCGUCUUGACCGAUGCGCAAUCACAUUCCUGAUGGGUUGCAGCAGUGGUGCUCUCACGGAAGCCGGCGAGUACGAGCCGUACGGCACGCCGAUGAACUACUUGCAUGCGGGGAGCCCGGCCUUGGUGGCCACUCUGUGGGAUGUGACGGAUAAGGACAUUGACCGGUUUGCCAAGAGCACGCUGGAAAAAUGGGGCCUUGUCGGGGGACGUGAGCAGGCAGUAGCUUUGGAUGAUGCGGUUUGCCAGUCGCGGCAGGCCUGUGUGUUGAGGUACUUGAACGGAGCGGCGCCGGUGAUCUACGGCAUUCCCGCGAUGUUUUUGGCGUAAUGAUUGGAGAUGGAUAAGCAUUGGCGUUCUUUACAUUUUGGGAAGGGAAUAUGAUACCUAUGGCAUAGCAUG